AUGAUCAUCAACAACACAGAUCAAACUAUAAUUAGAUUGCUGCAGUGUUUUAAGUCAUUGGUCGAGUUGCUUCCUCUUUCAAAUCAAAAAAAAGAAUGCAAAGAGUUCGAACUUUGCACGAGAUACCUCCAACCCUGCUUCCAAAAGCUGUUCGACUGCGAUCACAAUCAAGUCAUAUUCAAAUGGCUGAACACAAAUUGCUUUUCUGAUACAGACGCCGAUCCAAAUAAGAACCGACCGGAUGGAAUCGUUGAGAAUGACUCGAUGGCAAUUGGAUAUUUCGAAGUAAAACCGAUCAAGGAUUCCAAAAACCAUAGAAAAAUAAAUAUGGAUCUUCACAGGCUAUGCACAUUUUCAAAGGCUGGCACCAAAAAUUACAACAGAAAGCAUAUGUUUCAAAUUAUGGCCGUUGGUACAAACAUACAAUUCAACAUCAGCGAGGCUAGGGAAGAUAUUUUAAUGGUUGCAGAAUUAGAUUGCAUUCGUUUUCCCCUUUCCUUGGAUGAAUUACCUCAACUUGUACCCUAUCUUGACAGAUUGUACCAUGUUGUAGACGUCAUCCAUAAAUUAGGUUAUACUAGCAAUGCAUUCCAAGUCGAUGAAUCAUUUAAACCCGCCUUAGAUCCUAAGGUAAUCAAGGCAAUUAUGGAGAAAUCAGUAGACAGGAACCGCGAAAAUUCAUUUUACCGUCCUCGCCAUUAA